AUGCAGUCUUUCAACACGUCACUCUCAACUCCAGACUUUUUCUUGAACGGUUUCAUUGGAUUGGAAGUUUAUUUUCUCUGGCUCUCGAUUGCUUACAUUGUUAUAUUUUCUUUUGCCUGUGCGGUAAAUAUUACUCUAAUUUGUGUUGUAAAACUUGAACAAAAUCUGCACACGCCGAUGUACAUUUUUCUUUGUGUUCUGGCGGUAAUUGACAUAGGUGGAUGCGUUUCCACAAUUCCGAAGAUAUUGCAGAUAACAAUAUUUAAUGAUCGAGCUAUUUCUUUUCAUGUUUGCUUUUUACAAAUGUUCUUUGUUCUCUUUCUGAGUGCGAUGGAAUCUGGUGUACUGGCCGUUAUGGCUUAUGAUCGUUAUGUUGCCAUCUGCAAUCCUUUACGUUACACAUCCAUCUUAACGCCUGCCACUAUUACUAAAAUCCUCCUAGUAGUUUUUCUGCGAUGCAUUGUUUUAACCGGCAUGUUUCCUGUGCUGGCGUCAAGGUUGCCUUAUUGCUUAUCCACUGAUGUCCCUCAAUGUUACUGCGAUCACAUUCCUGUAGCUAGGCUGUCUUGCGCCGAUAUAACACUGAAUAAUAUUUAUGGGCUGUGUGUUGCCUUCUUGGUUGUUGGUAUGGACCUCAUGUAUAUUUCAUUCACUUAUAUUAUGAUUAUCAGAGCAGUAUUGAAGUUGGCAUCCAAAACAGCACGUGUCAAAGCUUUUAGCACGUGUGGCCCUCAUUUUACUGUUAUAUUAUAUAUUUACACAAGUUCCCUGCUGACAUAUUUGAUUAACAGAUUUGGACAAAAUCAGUCUCAACAAUUAGUUGUUAUAACAACCACUUUAUAUCUCAUUCUUCCAUCUAUAUUAAAUCCAGUUAUUUACGCUGCAAGAAAUAAGGAAAUCCGUGAAGGAUUUAUAAAACUUUUUCUCAAGAAAACAACCCAUUCAAUAAAGUAA